AUGGAGUCAACCCUCGAAGGACGGAACGACGAGCGUCUACUGCCGAAGCGAUACCGCCCGCGCUCCCAAACCGUAGCAUACAGCCCAGUUGGUAACCAACAAAUUGCAGGCGUUCAAGAUGGAGAUGGAAACUUCUCCCAGCAAGCUCGAACUGCGAUCCGGCCUUCGUCAAACGCGACCUCUCUGGUUUCUCAAGACAUUCCAUCCAAUGGAGUCUCAAUGCAGCCUCAGGACCAUCCGAAAAUCGCGACGAGAAACGCGCCACCACACGCCCGCCCAACGCAGACCACCAUGCCCUCGACGCAGACUCUUCACGCAAGCACCACAUCGCUUCUCCAGAAGACCCUCCAUCGACCUCCGCUCUCACAAGCACACACUUCCCCUCCAGAUGGAGCACGACCAGAAAUGGCCCCAUCCUGGGACGCUCCGAUCCCGUCACAACCCAGUGUUAACAUUCCUGGCCCUCUAGUUCGAGACCGUCGUCACUCCUAUGCUCCUCCUGGGUCACCAUCGAUGAUGCCAAUCCCUCCGCUGAACAUGGAUUUACUGACGAAGGAGAACCCAGAUACAAAACGCUAUUCAUUGCAAUCCCAGGCAAUGCGACCUACUCGAAAGGUCGGGCCUGAGGCCAGCCGUCGACGUCGAUCAAGUGCUUCGCUCGGUCGUCAGGACACCGGUGCAAAUCCCGGCGUUGGAAAGAAGGAGAAUGGGGAGGCACGGCUACAAGGACGACCAAACAAGCAGAUAGAGCCUCCAAAGCCAGCCCUGGAGCGAGCAAAGACUGACCCUGGCGUACCGAAAGCCACUCCGCGUGGCCCGCUUCCGGCAGGACUUAACGACCGAGACACGUUGCCGUCGCAGCGACGCAAUGCCACACCAGCUGCUAGCUUUGACGAAAAGCGCAUACCGUCGCGUCAUAGUCCUGGAGCGCGCGCAGUACGGCGGAAGAAGACUGGCAUGUUCAAUCCUGCUCAGGAGGCCGGAGUGGCGUCUCGUCAGCCAGUGCCACAGGAUGAGGGCGGUGCUUGCCUGUCUUCGACUCACGAGCUUGGAGACUCGGGUCCUGAGACCGCCAUUCCUGCCGCUGGGCUUCUACAACCAAAGCCGUCGACGGCGAGUUCACGUUCACCUCACCUUCAAUCCAAAUGGACUCAUCGCCGUAACAAGACCACAAUCUCGGACCUCUUGUCCAAGCACGCUAUUGCGCACGACACUAGUACCCCGUACCCAUCUAGUACUGCAAGGACAGCUCCGCCUCCUCUCAACUACCCCUUCUCACUCGAUAGCUUCGGCUUCGGGCCCGGACCGGUAGAGUACUCCAGUGCCAGCAGCACACACACAGCCAUAUCAGCGCCGCACUCAAAGCCCCCUUCCCAUAAACGCAACACUUCAUCCUCCUCUUCCAGCGACCCUACCAAGCUCGCCGGCCCGGGCCACCGACGCACGGCAUCCGCAGGAUCUACCUCCCUCCCCUCCGAUGCAAAAACAGACCUACAACGCAACCCGGACGCGCUUUCCACACUCCCAGACGGCUGCACAACCGCCGAACAUACACAAGCCAGCGCCGACCCCGACCCCGACCGCAAUCCCUGGCACAGCUUCGCCCACGCCAAUUCCCCCCAUCCACCAGCGCCACUAGACCCCCCCGCAAAGCACGUCCGCUUCGCCUCACACGCCUCCUACGCGCCCUCCCUACACUACAAAACCCCCUCCUCCUCCUCCACCAGCUCCAACCCCUCAAACCCGCUGCUCAACACGCCCGAAUUCCGCUUCCUGGCGCGCAUCCCCUCCGCCGACGGCGAAUAUGAAGACCCACUGCACGACGCAGACGCAGACAAGCACGACGAAGCAGUACGCGACAAGCUGCACCAGGCCGCCGCAAACGCGCGGCUCAACGCGCGGGGCAGAACGCGGCUUCGACUGCGACGGCGCGCGUACAGCGGCGGUCUUGCGGGAAAGCGGUUCGAAGAGGAGGAGCAGGCGGGCGAGUCGAUGCAGGUAAAAUGGCGCUUUGCACAGAGCAGGCAGGAGCGUCCUGCUGCGGGCGAGUUGGAUCGCGGGUUUCGCUUCCCGCUGCUGACGCGCGGGGAGGAAGAGGAGGGAGAAGGAAGCCAGGAGUCUGCUGCUGCGCCACCGCUAGGAACGACGGCGACGGCGACGGCGACGGGGAAGCAUAAGCGCUCGCGCUCAGGCUCGCUGGGUCGGGUGCUGCGCGCGCUUUCGCUUUCGGGGGAUGUGAAGGGCGGUCCUCAUCCACAGGGGAAAAGCGGAGUCAGCAGUGGAAGUGGGAGUAAUGGGGAUGAGCGGGAGGCGAGGGGGGAUGGUCGGGGGCAUAGGCGUAGUAAAUCGCUGGGUGCGCGGGUGAAUGGGGUGUUGAGGGGGGUGUUUGGGAAGGGGGGACAGUGA